UCAUAAAUUUUUCGUUCGGUUUUCAAACAAAAUUCUCUAUAAAUAUUUUUUUUUUUACCAUUAUAACUAAAAUUGUGUUAAACUCUAUAUUGUUUGUUCGCCGAAAGCAAAAUAUUUCAAAAUUAACAGUAAUUAUAAGAAGCUUACACAAAAUUCUCUGCGCUAAAAAAUUAUUGGCGGAAUACCGGAGGAGCACGUAUCAAAAUUGGGUUAGCGGCCGAGUUUGACGUAGCUGAAGCAAAACCGUGCCGUUAUACCGCUGCGUACACAGAGAUCAAUAGUCUAGCAACGGAGCAGUGAAGACGCUAAACGGCAGGAUGGCCGGGCUUUCCAUGGUAUUCAAUGGCCUUUUGGUAGGUGCCUCAGGAUUUGCUUUGGCCUCAAUACAGCCGGCCGAACAUCCCUAUGCCUUCUCCGCUUGCGCCUUUGGACUCUGCCAUGGCCUGCUGGGCAUCAUACAUGCCUACAAGCAGGGCGACGAGAGUGAUAGUUGCAAUAAGAUACGUCAGAUAUCUGACAGUGUUAUGGAGAUCGUGCAUUUGCCACUAAUAAAUAUUGAACUAUAUUUGGCAUCAUCGGAAACCAGCGCUUUGGCAUUGGGCCAUGGACUAUUCGUUAUACCACUCGCUUUUGAUUUAAUUGCGAAACUCUUCACAGAGGAAGGCGAUGAUAGCAACACAAAUACGCUGAAAGAUCUGACAAUUUUGGGCAAUAUCAUGUCGCUGACAUUCUUGGCUGUCAAUGAGAGCAACUACGUUUAUGUGAGCAUGGCUCUUACGGCCUUCUUGACCAAAUAUGGUGCCAUACUGUUGGACAGCUACUGGGAGGGCUCACUCGAGAACACUGUACUUACCGGUUAUUCAGUGUUUACAUUCCUUGCCAAUUACGCAAUCACUGGUAAGCCCGAGUGGAUGAAGCAAUGAGAUGGAACUGAAGACCGAAUGAAUGUUGUUGCGGAAAAAUGCAUGUAAACAGACCAUUUCAUGAGAUAAUUAUUAUUAAUUU